AUGGCAGCUGACGACCUCGAGAGCCCGGACACCACCGUCCAAACCCUCCGUACAGUUAUCACGUCUGAGGCCGAGCCCCUCGCUCGUCGCUUCCGCGCUCUAUUUUCGCUAAAGCAUCUCGCAUGCCUCCAACCUCCUAGCGAGAAGACACUGCCUGCAAUCCAAGCUAUCGCUGCCGGUUUCGCUUCCCCGUCGGCUUUGCUCAAACAUGAGCUGGCAUAUUGUCUUGGUCAGACACGGAAUACUGAUGCAUUGCCGUUCCUGCUUGAAGUGUUGAAGGAUACCCAGGAGGACGCAAUGUGCCGUCACGAGGCCGCCGAGGCACUGGGCGCUUUGGGCUACGAGAGUAGCUUGGAGGUUCUGAAGGAUCUCAGGGACAACAAGGAUGAGUUGGAUGUUAUUCGGGAGACAUGCGACAUUGCCGUGGACAGAAUUUUAUGGGAACAGUCGGAGGCUAGGAAGGCCGAGAAGUUGAAACCUAGCGAUUUCACUUCCAUUGACCCCGCCCCGCCGAUGCCCUUGUCCGCGAAAGAACCUUCCAUCUCUGAGCUUGAGAAAACAUUGCUCGACACAAGUCUGCCACUGUUCCACAGAUACCGUGCAAUGUUCGGUUUGCGCGAUCUUGCCUCACCCCCUGAUCUCCCAACCGCCAAAGAUGCUGUUGAAUCGCUAGCAAAGGGUUUGAAAGACCCCUCUGCUCUUUUCCGUCAUGAGAUCGCAUUCGUCUUCGGGCAACUCUGCCACCCGGCAUCCGUUCCCAGUCUUACAGAAGCUCUCAGCAACCAGGCUGAGGCUAGUAUGGUACGCCACGAAGCUGCAGAGGCUCUUGGCAGUUUGGGUGAUGUCAAGGGUGUCGAAGAUACUCUGAAGAAAUUCUUGAACGAUCCAGAGAAGGUUGUGCGGGACAGUAUCAUUGUGGCUCUUGAUAUGGCGGAGUAUGAGAAGAAUGGUGAGGUCGAAUAUGCGCUGUUACCAGACUCUGGCAACCUUGCCGCGGUGCCUGCUGCUUGA